ACUAACGCUGACCUCAUAUUUUACAUAUUCAUAUCUAACAUGGCGGAUAGUUUGCCUUUUUCACAACAUACAUCAACGUUAAUUUUACAAGCGUGGAGAGAACGUUGGACUCCAUUGCAAUGGGCUAAAAAAUUGCGAGGAACGCUUUUAGAAGAUGCUGAAUUGAAAGAUAGCUUGCCAGUGGCUUUGAUUGAACAGGCGACGAUUGGAAGCACGCCUAACACAUUACUUUUGUCUUACAUAAAGUAUGCAGCCAUCAACAAGGUCAUUCCCUAUUCAUCCGUUCUUAAAGCAAUAGAGCAGUUUGAAGAUGUUCAAGAACCAUCAAGAUUUCGGACACUUUAUGCUCUUCUUGAACUAUUGUGGGACAUCAUUACCAAUAUAAGUUGUCAUGGUGAUAAAAAAGAUUGUCUCGAUAUGUCUGUGGCAUUGUCUCAUACUUCGUACUGGACUUUCAACUGUAUAGUAAAACUCCUCAUCUGUGUUGUAGAGUCAUUAAUCACUCCAGAUGACGAUCAAGCCACAUCUGUGUGUUUUACAAGUGCAAAGAAAUGUAAAGUUAUUAUCAAAGAACUUAUUGAAAAUACUGUACUUCGAAGUCUUGUGAUUAUUGGCAAGAAACAGGAUCAGUAUGCUAGCAUGGCGUGGGAUCAGAUCCUUCAAACCAGUCUUCAAAAUCUCUCCGUUAAACAAACACAGGUUCUAGUGAAUUGUGACGUCAUGAACGAAGUUCGGGAGCAUUUGAAAGAUUUAGUCCACGAUAUUAAGCGUCUUCAAACUUUAUCUCCCAUCAGUGAUGAUUGUCAACCUGGACUCGUUCCUAACAUGGCUAUUCACAUCAUGGCGUAUUCACAGACAUUUUUGUAUCCAGAAGACGAAUUUGAUCAAAUGUAUAAUUUGGCUGAUCUUGUUUAUCGAACUCAGAAUCUAACAAGAGUACAGUUUUACACAGAACUCGUUCGGUGUUGUCUUGUCAACUUGCUUCAAUCAACGAACUCAUUUGAUGAUGCGUUAUCCUACAGUUAUCUUUAUCAUAAGAUACCAUUUAUAAUAAUUGAGCUAGAGAAGAAACACCACUUUGGCGUUGACGUGGUUGUCAUAGUUACUGUAUUACAGCAGUUGUUACAGUUCACGCAGUUGUGGGAUUGUAUUGAUGCCAAGUUGAGAAUCAACGCCUACGAUACUGUGUGUCAGCAGUUUAUAUUAAGAAUGCCAGUGCCUCAACUACAGCAAUAUUACGAGCCUCUUCGAAGUAAAAGGAUAAUUUCCGAGCGAUUAAGUUCAGUGAGUAACCAAAACAUUUCACCUGUACAAACUUUAACUGCAGCAGAAUCUGAACUUGGAAACAUACUUCAGAUUUUAGGCAUGGAACAAACAAAGGAUAGUUUCGUUGUAAUUAAAGAAUUGGUGAAUAGACCUGAUAAACUUAUGUGGAUAUCUAUUGCCGCCUUAAAUCGUGGAAAACUUAAAGAAAUUAGCGGUGCUGUCUUGAGACUUAAUGAGACAGCAGAAUCAUGCCAGGGUCCCGUGGAAGAUGAAAAACUUGCUGAGCAUCGCAGUGAAUUAUUCCAUCACUCGUUCGUCAUACUGUGUUAUAUUGUGGUCAACUUUGGAAAAAUGGCUGUGCUAAACGCCGCUGACAGCAGCGGUUGGGGCUUCUUUGUCGGAUGGGUGAAUCUCUACAUAACGAAUAAAAAAGAUCAGCCAAUCGCCAAGGUUUUAUCACGUUUGGUUGACAAGGCGACCGUUGAUGAGAUUUUAGAUCAAUUUCUUAGAGGAAAAAUACCAAAGCUAACCACGACGCACUGGGGAAGAGCUUGUUGGAACGUCUGUCAAGCUGUUCACGAGCUGCUCACGUGUCCUACACCACUCCCAGAGACAUUUAAGAAAGUAUGUAAAGAUAUGGUAGAAAUAUGUCCUGCUCUUGCUUUGUGUGUUUUAGUCUGGCUAAGGAGCUACAUUCUUGGUCUUCCUUCUGAAGAAAGAGAUAAAGCUUUUAAUCUUCUCGAUUUGCUUAUUACUCCUAUCGUCAAUACCAAUCAUCCAUUGCUAGAAAGUUUAUUGGAUAAACUGAAAGUUGAUCUGAGACGAAGGAAAGAUUUAAAUCAUGGCAGCCAUAGUUCUCUUCAGAUGACAACUAAGUUAUUUUCCACUUCAAUUGAAGAUGGUGCUGUGAGUCUGCCUACCCUCAAUAAAUUUCGCUCAAUACUGAAUGUGACAGGACCUUCUGCCUUUGCGGAUGCAAUAUUAAGAGAGUUGUUGAAUCAAACACGUAAAGAAGACAUAAAGAAAGCUGCGGACAUAGGUUCAAUGCUUGUUUUGCUCGAUCCAUUUUCACUGUCGUUGGCGUAUUUAUCUUCUGUCAAAGCUCUUAUAAAGCAACCCAAGUCGGAAAAAACUCUUGUUGAUCCAAAGGGCUGGGGUGUAGCUCGUCUUCUCUCACAUUCAACUGCAAUUGGUUUACUUCGUGAUCAAUCACAAAAGAAAUCGGACGACGAGGAUGUUGAACGACCAAUCAAACUUCAGCGUUUUGAUGACGACGAUAAAUUAUGGACUUCAAAAUCAAUUAUACAACAAGGAAUUGUUACGUUGUUUGAAGAAUUGUGCCAUGAAUUGAACCAUAAUGAGAUUGGGGCUAGAGCCUCGUUUGCUGUGUCUUUUAUGAAGCAAGCAAUAUCUUGUAGCGGCGUUUUCUCUUCGCCAAUCUUAAGCUGUCUUCAACCACAUCUUAUAGCCGAAGUGGUAUCGUUCGUACCAGGCUCUGCUCUACCUUCCGAUUAUUUACUUGGUUUGUAUGACUUAGAGUCGAGUGAAGGUCGUGAACUGUGUGCGAAAGCAGUUUGUAGAGAACUUGAAUUUUUACAUGUGUAGAAUAUGAAUUUGAAAUUUCGAAAACCUCUAACGAUAAAGAUGCCAAGUUGAUAAGUUGAUCAUUAUAUUAAUUCCUUUUGAUCUCUGUAACGGUAACUUGGAAUUGUCAAGAACCAUGAUCAUCAUUGUAGGCAGAAGUCUGGUUGAUCCUUAGCUUUAUCAUCGUUAAACAUUCCUUACUUUUUAGAUGUUGUUAAUAUCGUAAACAUGAGCAGUAAUGGUUUGUCUGGUCGUUAUGAUAAAGAAUUUAACAAACAAAAUGACUGACUUUGAGAUUGGUGCUAGAUUACGUUGUCAUGCUUAGUUAUGGAUAUAAAUAAGAAACUUUUUCUGACAUACCUUUAUUUCAACCGUCUUCUUAGAAAUAUCUAUCUGCUCCAAAAUUAUAUUCUGAUUCAGCAAUGGAACGAACAUUCCACGAUUAUCUUAUGAAAUCUUAUGUAAAAUAUCCUUAAAGUAUAGAAUUACAACAAUGUAAAAUUCAAAUUUUAUAUACAUAUGACAUGUAUAGCUUGUGAUAAGAUUUGCAACUCAUUGUUACAGCGUGAUAGCAGUUGCUAUUGGUUGAUAAAAUGGAUUUAUUCUGUAAGUAUCCAUUUGUGUAGAACAUGAUAUUCAAUAAAAAUCAUUAAAUAAUCACUAAA